AUGGCACCCAAACCCGCUUCCACUGCUGGAAAAGCCCCUGCCUCGACUGCUGGUAAAGCACCAGCAAAGACUGAAGGCAGCAAGGCGGCUAAGAAGACUUCUGCCAAGUCAUCUGCAGGUGCCGCCGACGGCGAGAAGAAGAAGAGAAAGAAGGCGAGAAAGGAGACUUACUCUUCUUACAUCUAUAAGGUUCUGAGACAAGUGCACCCUGAUACUGGUAUCUCGAACAAGGCAAUGGCUAUUCUUAACAGCUUUGUCAACGACAUUUUCGAGCGUAUCGCCACUGAGGCAUCUAAACUCGCCACUUACUCCAAGAAAUCAACUAUUUCUUCGCGUGAGAUCCAAACAUCUGUACGACUCAUCCUCCCCGGUGAACUCGCCAAACAUGCCAUCUCUGAGGGUACGAAGAGUGUCACUAAGUUCUCAGCAGGUGCCAAGUAA